AUGCCAGGUCCGCCGUUCGCGUUUGGCGCUCUGCUUGUCCUCUCAGCCCUUCUUGUAUCAAUGCUUAUUCCAGAGAACCCGCAUGCCACUCGUCUCAAUAAGCCUCGGUUGCCAAACGGCCUCAGUCCUGGCAAAUUCUCUGGGAGUUGGUCGGAUUCCGCUGACUGCAGUGGCGCCGCUUGUUCUACUAAUUCAAUUUCCACAGGUAAAGACCACAGUCAGCAUUACCUUGCGACAAAUACACGCCGAUUGCUUCAGGCCAGGCAAAAGCCGGGAAUCAGAUUUGCUGGUCAUAAAUACGGUCUGGAUCAAUGCGAACAAAUGAAUAAAGACCAUUCGUAUUGCCAACACCAUAAGAAUCUUUAUGGUUCUUCACAUUCUGGAAGGGAGUCUGCUUGCCAUUGCCCAACUCAUCACCGUCGUUACGGGCACGUAAACAUCCAGGUAGCCAAUAACGAGGCAUGUCCUAUUUGUCUAAGCCAUUCCAGAUCUUCAAGCAAUACUAGCGCAACAAUCAUGAUGCCCUCGGAAGCUCGGUCCCCUCUUUGCCCCCAACACUUGGAUGAGCAGCAAUUCUGUCUACUACGGCCUGCUGAUCCUUCAGAAAGAUAUGAGAGUGACGUAAAACAACGAAUGGAUUACUCCGAUGGAGGAUCAACCGAUUUCCAGGAUAACCAUGGCUCCUUAAAAUGCUCCUCUUACGAAAGUCUCCUCUGGGAUACCAAGGCCCCUCUUGCACGAAAUGGCAAGUCUUUAAGUUGUGGAUUUUUCCCCGUUUCCUAA